AUGACAGUCGAGAAUAUCAAUGAUUUGCCAAAGUUUGUUUUGAUUGAGAUCUUUAAGAAUCUUAAUUCAAAGUAUAUAUGUCAAGAGAUGCCAAGAAAUCCAUUCUUUCAUAACUAUUGCUAUGAUAAUAUGAAGACGAAUGGCUACGAUAGCUACUCGAAACUCUUUGAGAGCAAGUCGAGUUUGCCGAUUAUCAACAACAACAUUAACGAUCCAGUAUACAGAGAGGAGUGUGGAAUGCCACCUUUAAACAGCACCAACAAUAGCAACAGCAGCGGCAACACAGCCACCACCAGUAAAAAGUGUGUUGGCAGCGGUUCAGAGUCGGACGCUACCAACAGUGCAAACGGUGCAUCUUCAGCGUUGGUCAGUUCGGUUUCAAACAUCAAUAUGUCAGAGCAGGAGGUUCUUCACGAGAAGAUGGAGGAAUACAUGUGCGUUUACUUGAAUAAUAUCAUCAAUUUGUCGCUGGUUUGCAAGAUGUGGGCAAAGCAGAUCGUUCCGAUUUCAAAUUGUUGUAUCACAAAGAUUGUCAAUAAGAAGCAGUUCGCUACACUCUUUAAGUAUAUGACUGAGGGUAUCAUCAAGGAUGGUGCCACCUGUUUGUUCACAACCAUCAAGUUCUUUUGUAAGGGCGGUGGUAGUUCUCCCAACCAAUUGCUACCGAAAGACUAUAAGCUACUCUUUAAUCAUUGCCACUCGGUUCGUUGCCUCUCAUUCGAUAAGAACCAGCUAACUAUUGGCGACGUCGUUGUGCUCUCCAAGUACAUCAAGGAGUCGGCUAAUAUCACCGAGCUCAAGGCACCGAGCAACUUCACACCACAGGGAUUGGCAUUGUUCUGCGACGCCCUCAAGUAUAACCAAUCGUUGACACUGCUCGACAUCUCCUCGACACCGCUCAACGCCGAUUGCAUCGGUUCCAUCUGCUCCGCGCUCAAAGUGAACCGUUCGAUUCUCUAUCUGGACUUGUCGUUCAACUCGAUCGGUAGCAACGGUGUUGGCUUGGGUGACAUGCUCAAGUGUAACACCACACUGAGGAGUCUUUUCUUGAUCGGUAACGAACUCGACGAUGAGUCUGUCUAUUCGAUCUCCGAUGCUCUGCGGACCAAGAACUCAACACUCACCGAGCUUUCACUGAGUGAAAACGACUUUGGCGACGAUGUCGGUGCUGCCAUCGGUAAUGUCUUCAAGGAGAACCGUUCCAUCAAGACAUUGGACAUCAGUUGCAACGAGCUCUCAGAGAUGACAUCGUCUGCAUUUGCCGAGUCACUUACAUCCAAUGUGACACUCCAGAAUCUCAACGUUUCCGAUUGUUCGCUCGCUCUUGACAACAGCGGUGCCGAAUUCUUUUCAUCGAUCCAACAAAACACUACACUCACCCAUCUGGUGUUAUGGGGUUGCGACCUCAACAAACAGGACCUCAAAGACGAAAUCGCCAGCUUACUCUGCAACAACAAAUCAAUCACCACCUUGUCACUCGGCUACAAUACACUCAGCUCCGACGACAUUCUCACCAUCGUAAGAGAUGGACUCCAAUACAACACCACUCUAAAGUCGCUGACUCUCAACAACAAUCACAUCUGUGGCAAGGGUGGCAAGAUCAUUGCCGACUACCUCAAGACCAACGCAACACUCUUGGAGUUGUCGCUGUUUGAUAAUCUCGUUGACAACAUCACAUCGAUCAGCUUUUUGACAGCGCUCACAAUGAACCAUGUCAUCCAAAAGUUGUGUUUGGGAUCGAACCGAAUCUGUCCGAACAUCUCGUCAAAGUACAAGAAGAUCUUGGCAUACAACCAUCCAGUCUGUCCAAAUCAGAAACAACACUGGGUCAAUGCCAAGCACAGGUUCAUUCAAAGGGAGAUCGAGGAUUUCCGAUCACUCUUGUCAUACAAAAACGAGUUCUCAAGAGCGUUACAGGCACUCUAUGACCUUUUGGCAGAGAUCAACUUGGCAAUCGACGAGUAUCAAAAAAAGAAAGAGUUGAUCGAGUCCAGUAAGAAGUGUUGGACCAUCACCGAUAAGAAAACAUACACUCAGUUAAAUUUGAAAAACAACAUCAAUAAUAAUAAUCAUCAAGCUUCGACACCACAAAAACAACCACACCAACAAUCUUCAACAGAAUCAAUUGGUUCACUCGAGAAUUAUUUUAUGCUCACUACCAAAGCGUUAUUAAAUGAAUAUGUUUUUAUUUGUUUUCAAUUAUUUAUAACAAGAAAAUAA